AUGCGUGGGGCCACACUCAGCGAGGAGGAAGUGGAGUCACUUCGCGAGGGCAACCCUUUGAUGGAAGGUGUAAUAAGCUAUGUCUUUACCAAGGCAGCUGCGAUUGCUCAGCGCCAGGAUGUUGUGCACUUUUUGGACCCGGUUGUGGCGCACGCAAUGUACGCCUUUGACGAUGCCUCAUUGGGGGCUCUCGAUGAGAUGUGCCGCAUGCUGGUUGUUGCCCUUCCAAUUGCUGAAUACAAAGGGGAUGCUUACGACGGUGUUCACUGGAGCCUUAUCAUCCUCAAACGGAGGAGCGCCGAUGUACCGUUUGAGGCCUUUCGACUCGACAGCCUCUGUGACGUGAACGCCACCCGCUGUCUGUCAUUUUUACGUCUGCUUCGAAGCUGUUCUACGUGCAGGAACCACAUACCACAGAGUAGCACAAUCAUGGACUUUCCUUCGCAAACGAACAAUGUGGACUGCGGGUGUUUUGUUUCCAUGGCCGCCCUUCACGUGGCUGAGGUGGUAAAGAAGUGGAAUGGUGGCGGAGGAGGUGGUGCUGCGAGGACUAUUUUUGACGAGCAACUGGAGUUCCCACACCAGUUUGAUGCAUCGCGCUUCCGGCGCACUCUGUUGAACGAAAUUCUUCAGGAACGUCUUUGA